UGGACGAUGAAAAAUUGGCAUCGUUAACGACAUCGAUCGAUCAAGUUAAUAAAAAGCGGAGCUGUCGGUGCGCCCCCGGCAGACGCGCACGCUGGCUCCUCCCCUCACCCUUCGCUCUUACCCCCAAUCUCUCUAACCCACCGCCUCUCUUCCACGACAAACAUGGCCGCUAAAUCGGAUGGAGCGGCGGCGUCUUUGCCGAGCGAAACCCCGUCGCGGUGUCUGCCCAGCCCGGAGCAAUGCCCGCCCCGGUUCCAGCAUGCCAGACGGCACUAUUCGCUCCUGGAUUGCUGCUGGGUCCUCUGCGCCCUCAUGGUCUUCUUCACGGACGGCGCAACCGACCUGUGGCUGGCCGCGGACUACUACCUGAGGCGGGACUACGGCUGGUUCGUUCUGACGCUGGCCUUCGUGGUGGUCCCCUCUACGGUGGUGCAGGUGUUGAGUUUCAGGUGGUUCAUCUACGAUUACUCGGAGAUGGACGGCGGCGGAGACGGAGGCGCCCCGGCCGCCGAGGCCGUCGGCACGGAUGUGCCCGGCGGAGGUGAUUUCAGUACCAGGGACAGCGUGCGACGGGGCGCGGGCGGCGCUGCGGGGGACGACACACUGCCCGGCGUCGGCGGCGCUUCGAACCGGCCGUCGAGCUGCUGCAGAGCCUGCAUGUGGAUCUUUCAGAGCGUCGUGCACAUCUUACAGCUGGGGCAGGUCUGGAGGUACCUGCACGCGCUGUACUUGGGCGCCCAGAGUCGCUGGCGGGGGGGCCGUGAGCGACAGCACUUCUACCUGCGCAUGCUGUUCGAGAGCGCAGACGUCAGUAUGCUGCGUCUGCUGGAGAGUUUCCUGAAGAGCGCCCCCCAGCUGGUGCUGCAGCUUAGCAUCAUGGUGCACAGCCAGCGCGUCCUGCCCCUGCAGGGCCUGUCAGCCUCGGCCUCCCUGGUGUCUCUGGCCUGGAUGAUGGCCUCCUACCAGAAGGUGCUCCGUGACUCUCGGGACGACAAAGCGCCUAUGUCCUACAAGGCAGCGGUGGUGCAGAUGCUGUGGCACCUAUUCUCCAUCGGAGCCCGGGCAGCCGCCUUUGCCCUCUUCGCCUCCGUGUUUCAGCUCUACUUUGGCAUCUUCGUGGUGGCGCACUGGUGCCUCAUGACCUUCUGGAUCAUCCAGGGUGAGACGGACUUCUGCAUGUCCAAGUGGGAGGAGAUCGUCUACAACAUGAUGGUGGGCAUCGUCUAUGUGUUCUGCUGGUUCAAUGUGCGUGAGGGCGGUGCCCGCUGCCGGCUGCUCACCUACUGCACCGUGGAGCUGGCGGAGAAUGCGGCACUCACCGCACUCUGGUACCUGCACCGCGGCCCGUUCACCUCGGACUUCUGCGCCCUGCUGGUGCUCUGCGUGGUGGCCUGCAGCCAAGCCCUAGGGACCUUCUUCAUGCUGGUCUACUACUGCCUGUUGCAUCCUGAUGGCCACGCCCAAUGGGGUUGCAUCCGUGGUGGGGCAGAUGAAUCUUGCGACACCACACCCCAGUUGGGGGUGGAGACUGCUAUAACACCGGCCCCGCCCCCGGACGUGAUUGCCAGGAGCCCCCCUAGAACCCUUCCGAGGACUACGGGGGCGGAGGGCGGGGAUAAGGAUGGUGUGCUGCCCAUCUUUCAGGUGCGGCCCGGUCCAGCCCCCUGUGCCCCAGCAGCUCUCCAUACACCCCGAAUGGAGGGGCCCGUCAUCCGGAUUGACCUCCCCAGGAAGAAGUACCCAGCCUGGGACGCGCACUUCAUUGACCGCAGGUUGCGCAAAACCAUCCUGAUGCUGGAGAGCACGUCGCCCUCUACCCCCCGUCUGCAGUAUCGCAGCCUGACUUCCCCAAAGGAAGUGACCGAGUAUGAGACCACCGUGUGAUCGUCUCCCAAGGGCGUCUUGCACUCACACUCGCUCACCAGAGUCACGGCAGGGUAAUCGUGCUCAUGUACGCUACCCCCAAUGAUCCACGCAUGAAGGGGCCGUCUCACUCCCUGCUGGUACCCACAAGCGUGCAGCAGAGGACCCAGAUGGGGAAAAAUAAAAGGUCAAAGGUAAAAGGUUGAGGAUCAACUUCCAAGGAAAGCCCACUGAUCAAUACUCAGAGGGACUAAGGUCAGAACCCUAGAGAUGGGGUCACGGGGGGCAGUCACGUCAGGGGACAAUGUUUGGACUUUCAGCAGGGACCUCACAUGGGUCUCAGACCCCCAAAGAGCAAAUGGGACAUUGUGGCAGCAUUGAUCAGGCCACAAACACACUAUUCAGAUGUCAUGUGUUAGCCCGUGUGAUUGGCUCAGAUUUGUUAUUUGAUUUUACUUUGUUGCAAUCUUUAUUACAUUGUUUACAUGUACCUAUUUAUAUUUGAUUUUCUAUUAUUUUUUACCCUGUGGAAAUGUGAUAGAUAUGACAUUAUUAUGGUAUGGCUAUUAUAUAUACAUAUGAUUUAUUUAUUGUAUGUAUAUAUUGGAAGGAUGUUUGUUCGUUUGUUUGCUUGCUUGUUUUUGGGUUAGACGUUAGAUACUGAAGGCAGGAAGCAGAGAAACAGGUAUGUUUGAAUAAAGGAAGAUAGAACUGUGUGAAAAAUGUAGUUGGAGAAAUAUCACAGUAAAACAGGCUGAGAGGACAGCCUUCGAAGCAGAAUAAGCAUGUGUGGACCCUCUGUGAAAUAGCAAAAUUAGCCACCCAGCUUGGGGAGGGACAGUGACUCAGUGAGAAGUGGUGUUACCCUGCAGCUUCAGGUUGUGGUUUUGGGUUUGAAUCCUAAGCUUGCUGUGUGUAUGUGUGUCUGUGUG